CGCGCGGAACGUCAUCUUCCAGCGCCUCCAAGGCGCGCUCCCCUCUGACGCAACGGCGCGAUGGCUGCCGCCGUAGCGAGGAUGGCCGCUUGUCGGGGGAAGGUCGGUGAUCUGUGGGCGGAGAGCUGCGGCCUCCUUGGCGGCGCUCUUGGCCGGAGGCCCUGGAGCGGGGAGGCCCCGGGCAGCGCCGCCCAAGCCCGCUCCUCUGCCCCAGGCGCAGCCCCCGCGGGGUGGGGCCCCCGGCGCCCUCGGCUCUGGAGCAGCGCCGUCGCCCCAGGGACGAGGAGAGCGCCUCCUUCGCCUUCCCGCCCCCGGGCAAUAAGGCGAGGCGCUCGGGGAGCCUGCUGCCUGACGCUGCGCAUGGGUCCCCCCUUCCCCGCCCCCCGAGUUUCUGGUUUAUUCUGCGUCGAGUUUCUGGUUUAUUCUUGGUAGGGAUCAUAGCUGUCAGCUUUCCCCCCUUUUUAAGGGAAAUUCCCUUAUUCCGAAUAGGAUUCCUCGCAAGAAAAGGGGAAAGUUGACAGCUAUGGUAGGGAUCCCAGUGCGGAAUACUGUAACUUGUGGGAGAGCGAGAGCCAGGCAUUUUAUUUUAUUGCGUGUGCCAUUGUGAUUUAGGGGAUUGUCAGUGGUGGAGCAUGCCCUUAGCAUGCAGAAGGUCCCAGGUUUAGGCCCCAGCAUUUCUAGGUAAGGUUGGGAAAGAUUUGGGGCCGAAAUGCUGGAGAACCGCUGCCAGUCAGUGUGGGCAAUACAGAGCCAUGUGCAGUGUGACUCAGGUGGUGGCAGCUUUCCAUGUUCCCAUAGGGACGUUUGCAUCCUUUGCCAUUAUUAUAGUUGGCUUUUUUCUGAUGAUAUCCCAACUAACACAAACUCUUUCCAUUUCUCAUCAGAUCCAUUUUCUUCUGCGCAAUAUAGUGCGAACCUUUGCUUCACAGACGGAGGGAGAAAUCAGGGUGGCACAAGUGCUUAAAGAAAAGUUCCCUCAGGCUGCUGCUAUCAAAGUAGUAGAUAUAUCAGGUAAUUAGCAAAGCCUCAGGCUCUGUCUGAACAGUUACCAUUCUGCAGGCUUUCCUGUGAUCUGAAUCAUUUUUGUAGAUAAGAUUUGGAGAAAGGCAUUGCUUUGUGGUUACCGUAUUUUUCGCUCUAUAGGAUGCACUUUUUCCCCUUCAAAAAUGAAGGGGAAAUGUGUGUGCGUCCUUUGGAACGAAGAUGCCAUAGCCCCGCGACCCUCUCCUGGCUGGAUAGGUGACGCGCGGCUAUGGCAGGAACCUCUACAGCCCCGUGUCACCUCUCCAGCCGGGACAGCGCGCGCGGGGCUAAAGAAGCCAUAGCCCCGCGACCCUCUCCCGGCUGGAGAGGUGACGCGUGGCUAUGGCAGGAGCCUCUCCGCUGCACCUUUCCGCUGCUCCUGACCUGCUCUUUGGGGCUGGCGGUGGGCUUCCCCCCGCCCGCCCCAAAGAGCCGGGCGACCGGAACGUGAAGCCUGGAUCGCGUGAGGGGUCAGGGCACACCGACCCAUCGCGCUCUCCAGGCUUCCAAGGUAGCCGCCUGAACACACCUUAAACAGCACCUUGUUUUAGAGCGGGAAAACAAGAGGGGGAAAGUUCUCCCCCUCUCUGUGCAGCGCCUCCUGCUGCUUCACUGAAGGGGCGCUGGGCAGAGAGGGGAAAAUUUUUUUUUUCUUGUUCUCCCCCCUCUAAAACAAAGUGCGUCCUAUUGUCCGGUGCGUCCUAUGGUGCGAAAAAUACGGUAAUUGUAAUUUUGGGUUAAGAUUAAGAGUUGGCAUUGUGUGCCCCUUAGUCUACCUUGUGGGUUUACAUUAGCCUAAUGAGAAAUACUGUUUUUCUCAUUUUGCUCUUAGGAUGCCUUUAAUAAAGGUACUGUAUAUUGAAAAAUGCAGUGGCAGUACUCUUAGAGAAUCAACAUGUAGAGAGAAAUGAAAAAGCUAGAUGAAUUUCCCCCCAAAUCUUGUAAAUUCUAAGUCCAGCUAACAGGCAGUUGGUUGCCUUAGGUUUCCCAUGUUGUUAUUGUUGUUCUUUGGUGAUCACUCGUAGCCAAAUAAGAUUGUUUUCCAUGAAUAUGGUCUUAACAGUGUGUCCGUAAGUGACUGUGGAGGCCAAUUCUGGAGCUGCAAAUCUUUCCACAGUGAGGACAUAGGUUUCUGGGCAGGAGUUGAUCACGGUGAGGAUUUGCCAAACGUGCCUUCCUCUUAGCUCAUGCAGAAUACAAUGCAGUUUUCAUUUGGUAUCCACUGCAGUCAUGAACAUUUCAUUUCAUUAUUUAAUACUUUAUACCAUUGUCUUGGCUGCCAAAGUACAGCACAGAACACAAAAUAAAAAUCACCUCUGCAAAAUUAUAAUCAAUAAUGAAAUUGAAUGAAUCCUAAAACUAAAAAAUAAAGUUAAAUGUUAGAAUGAAAUAAAUUUUAUAAGCCAGGUUUGGGCCAUCUAUUAAAACAGGAAGAGCAAAGUGGCCCAGAUAUGCUCCUUGCUGAAGUAUAUUCCAAAGUUCAGGCAACACCACAGAGAAGGGUUGACUUUGUGUUCCCACAAAUCGCACUAGUGUGAAAUCUGGGGCACAGAGCAUUGCUUCCCUUGAGAGUGGAGUAGAACAUAUGGAGGAUCCUGAAAGUAUAGAGGGCCUGCACUAUGAAGGUAGUUGCCAGGAUGUUGAAUUGGGCUCUGGAGCAUAUUAGACCAGAAUAAAAGUGAUAUUGCACUGUGACAUUCCAUAGCUCCCAAACAUUGUGAGCAGCACCUUCUGUUAUCACCAGCUGAGAAACUUAACAGGAAAGUAGCAUAAAAGAGAACCCUACUGCGUUCUGAAGAGCUGGAGAGCCUGCAUGGUGUAGUGAUUAAGAGUGGUGGACUCGUAAUCUGGUGAACCGGGUUCGCUUCCCCGCUCCUCCACGUGCAGCUGCUGGGUGACUUUGGGCUAGUCACACUUCUCUGAAGUCUCUUAGCCUCACUCACCUCACAGAGUGUUUGUUGUGGGGGAGGAAGGGAAAGGAGAUUGUUAGCCACUUUGAGACUCCUUAAGGGGAGUGAAAGGUGGGAUAUCAAGUCCAGACUCCUCCUCCUCCUCUUCUUCUUCUGGAAGUAUAACCUUGUGCAUAAUGCCAAAACGGACAAGCCUCCCAACCUAGGCUAUGCCACCAUCAUGAUGUUUGUCACUGAAUAAACAACUUGUUUGCCCUCAACCAUCCAUCAUCAUAGGCUUAUAGAAUUGUAAAGUUGGAAGGGAUCCCAAGGAUCAUCUAGUCCAACCCCUGCAGUGUAGCAGUCUCCACUAGAUCAUACAUGACAGAAAGGCACAAAUGAUAUAUUGUAGAGUUAGUUAUUAUAAAUUGUCAUGUGGUUUCUGUUACCAUGUAGAUUUCUUUCCCUGGUUGAUCGUGUGAUACCCCCCUCCAAAAGCCCCUAUUUAAAAGUGAUAUCAAGUUAAAAGAGCAUAGGGGAUUGUUAAAAUAAAAUAGCUGAAAAUAUGGUAAAAUCAAAUCAAUUUUGUCAAGGUGGCUGUGGAGCAAUGUAUGAAAUCCAUAUAGAGUCUGAAGAGUUUAAGGAAAAGAGAAUGGUACAGCAACACCAAAUGGUCAAUCAGGUAAGCAGGUUAACAUAUUCUGGGUUGUCUAUCUCUGUGUGGGAAAUUAUAUUACAUUUUCAGUUUCAUGGAUGCUUUGGAUCUUGAGUUUUUGAGUUUCAAGCAUUUUGCAGGAUAAUCUGCUCUUUUCUGUUCAAGCUCCCCCAAACUGUUCCCUAUUCCAUUUUCUUUGAAUUAACUUAAUUGUUCAAGUCUUUGACCUUAGUUGAGAUGAGCUAAUGCAAGCAGUAGAAUAAAGUUUUGUAUGGCCAGAUGUUUAGAGCAUGCUUAUAAGUUGUCUUGGGUUGCCUUGGACAAGAUAAACUGACCAACAGUUACAAUAAAUAAUAGUAACAACAACAGAGAUGGAAUACUCUGAAGGUCGGUAACAAUUCACCUGCUGCUCAGUGCAUUGCAGUAAACAGCAUCCAUACCUGGACACAAAUAGCUUCAUUUUUUAACUAGUUGGGUUUUAAAAUUCUACAAGCAGAUGGCCAGAAGCACCUUUCCCCACUUUGAAAGCAAAAUACAUUGGAUCAAAUAGAAGCUGCUACUUUGAAAUCUGUCUGUGCUUGAGGGGGUGUCUUGAACCAUGCUUGGGUGUUGCCUUCUGGUCUUUGAGGUUGCUUCACCCCACUUUUUGUGUAGCUGCUUGCAAUGCUUUCUUCCUCCAGGCUUUAAGUGAUGAAAUUAAAUCAAUGCAUGGACUACGGAUAUUUACUUCUGUUCCCAAGCAUGGAAGCUAGGAGUGGCUGACAACAUGCAAGAUUUUCAUAUUCCAGAAACUGGUGAGGCUCUGAGAGAAUGCUGCUUAGCACAUGAUACAGCCAGAUGCCUUUAUUUCCACCCUCCCAUGCUUCUCCAUCUCCCUCUGAUCUACAAACUACAAAUAAAAUCACUGUGCUGAUGUGCUGUAAAAUAAGGGUACCUAAGACUCGUUUCAAAAGCAGUAUUUAUUUCAGAUGCAGAGGUCAGGUCUCUUAAUUGCAUUGAUUAACCUCUUUCCCCCAAGAAGACUCGUGUCAGAGUAUCAUGUGAGUCUCUUUUGCCAACAGCUGUAGAGAAAGAAUGAAGAAUAUUGUAGACAGGAAGAAGUACUCCUUGAUAGCCACCCCUCUUUAUGCAAAAGUAUGCCAAAGUUCAAGGGAAAAUUAUAGAUGAAAUGUGCUGCACUUGUUUCUGGGGUUUAUGGCAAUUGAAGAGCUGAAAAGGAAUUUGAGAACAAUAACUUUAGAGAGAUUACUGAAAGAAGAAUGCAGAUGCCUUGUACACAGAGUGCCUUCCUUGUAAUAAGGUUGCUUUAAACCAGCUGUUACAAACAGCGCAGUUUUCUAGGGUUAAAUGAUCCUAGCAACAUUGUUUUAUUAGCUGUGGUGAGCAGGGCUGCCUGUCAUGACCUUUCUAGGAAUGUUACUGCAGUUAGUUUCUUGAAAUGUUAAAUGAGGUGUGAUCUUUGGUGAAGAGUCAUUUGCCAUUUUAGCAUGAGCAGCAGUGUUGAAUUCUGAAAAUCUAAAAUAAAAAUGCUACUUAAGUUUUCUUCCAGUCUAACUGCAAAGCGCUCUGUACUCUAAUAGUAUUGUAUAGUGGCUGCACUGGAAUACAAAAGGGACUUGUUGGACUGCAACUACAAUUAGCCAUAUAUCACACUGUGGUCUCUGGAAACUGCCAGUACCAUUGCAAUGCAACCUACUGUAAUAUUGGUAUAGGAUCCUUUGCACGCCCUGCAGCAAAGUUGAAAGGGCAACAGCAUCACUUCAAGCCACAGAGAAUGCAGCAACAGCAUUAGAUAAACCUCAGCAACCAUGGCAACGUUGCUGGCAUCCACCAAUUACACUGCAGCAUUAGGAUGUCUUCACAUUAACCUUGCGUGCCAGGAACCAAGCCAUGCAUAGUGACAGGGUACCCCUGUAAUGCCAUACUGCUCAUCACACAGAUGAGACUCAAACUGGCAGAUACUACAGCACUUUCACCAUUGAACCACUGUGGUGUCCUCAACACAAGGCAAGUUUUUUUUAAUUACCACUUUAAUAGGUUAUCUUCCUGUGUGUUUAGUUCUCUGUAAAUCUCACUGGAAUCAAGAACUGAAGGGAAGAUAUAUGCAUGUUUUCAUUACAUAAACAGUCCAGCACUCACUGCAGCCGGGGGAUUGAAUCCCCUUUUUCCACAUACAGAGCUUGCCAACAACUGCCUGUGUUGAAAGGGAAGCAGAAUAAAGUGCAGAGGAGAAGGAAGAUGGAAGCCCCUAAGAGCUGCUCUUGAUUGUGGUCACUUGCUAUUCAUAUUCAACAGUUCUGAGCACUUAGCCUGGCAGAACACAGUAUGGAAUGUGAGCAUUGGAUACCACCUGCUAAGUGAUUAAUGUUACAAAAUGGCUGUGGAACGUGAUGGAGCAGAUCAUACAUCUGUGCCUCAACACACUUUUGUCUGUUUUUUAGUCAUGUUAAUAGAGAGAAUCGUAUCACCUUAUUGUCUCUUGGCACUAUAAAACACCCACUGUGAUCCUAAAACAUAGCUUGUGCUACAACCUUUAUCACAGAAAUGAGAGUGUUUCUUCAAAUAAAACAUAACCUCACUGUAUCGCUGAAGUCUCAAGACUUGUUUU